ACGGUACUUAGGUCCAAAUUUGAUACAGAUUGAGUUAGUCCUGUUGCUACAUGAGAGAUAGCAAAGUGGUAAGGGCAGCCGUGGAAUUAAAAAAGCUUCUGAGAUGUCUAUAUUAGAGGGUCCAUCUGUGCCUCACUUUGAUACAGAGCUUUCUCCAGGCUAUGGCUAUGUUGGAACAUGGGAGGAUGCUAAAGCAAUGAAAGAGUUCUUUGAGGUACAGAAAGCACUUCGAUUUCCCGCAUGGAGAACCUCAACAACUUUUGGAAAGACAGAUAUUUUGAAAGGAAAGAGGAAGAAGUUCAAGUGGGCUGAGGCCAUUGAAUAUGUAGCUGGUGGUGCCAUCCCAUACGACGGUGUUCCAUACAUUAUUUUAGACAAGAAUGUCUAUGAGUGCGAGUAUGGUGUUGAUCAUAAGCUAAAGAGAAAGGCUUUGAGAGGAAAUCGGCAUCAUCAAGAGAAUAAUGCAGGAAGUAACAAAAACAAGAAACCUGUCACUGAGACGGAAAAAGGAAAGAAAAGGAACUGCCCUGCCAAGAUACGCAUGAAAGAAAUUAUGAAGUUCCCUGAUUUUCAGAUUGACACAGAUACACGCUAUAAUAGGAACAAAGGAGCUGAUAAUAUAAAUACCGCUAUAGCAAAAGGAGCAGUUCGAGGUGAAAGGAGAAUAUAUAUCUACUUACCUUCAGACAGUGAACAUAGAGGUCAUGAACUCAGAAGUCAGGUAUGUUCUUCCAAGCAGCAUGUGGAUGAGAGAGUCUUAUGUCUUAUAGAUCACCUUGUAGAUGAAGGAAUGACCAAUGCUGAUGAGAUCAGUCAACAGAUUAGGCUCAGUAUUCAGGAUGAUGCAGAAACAGGGAAAGAUAUAUGUAGCACCCAUGUUCACAACAGGCUGUCUUGUCCUGAUGAUGCAGACAUCCGGUACCAUGUUGAAGCAGCAAAGGUGAUCCAUACUUACUCCAAGCUUCAGCCGAAGGAUUUAGAGGAUCAUAUAGCUCAACUUCGUUUGAAUAAUGAAGACCACAAUAUCUUCUUCAGGAUGCAGUCUUUUAAGGAUUCUUUACUGCUUGUUCAUCAAACAAGAGAGCAACAACAAUUAAUAGCAAACUACCCCACUGGAAAAUACUUCCUUGAUUCUACAUGUAAAACUACUCAAGGGUCUUUACCCCUCAUCCUUAUCUCUGUUCAAGCAGAUGAUAUUCCCCAGAUUGUAGGAUCAGCCAUUCUGCAGGAGAAAUCGUUUAGACUGAUGCAAGAAGCCUUGAGGAUAUUGAAGUCAUGGAACUCAACAUGGAAGCCUCUCAGCUUUAAUACUGAAUAUGAAGAGGUGGAUAUAGAAGGCAUCAAAAAGGCAUUUAAAGGAGUACCUGUUCUUCUUUGUGACUACCAUCGCAUGUAUGCAUGGCAGAAGUGGAUUACAGAGGCAAGUAAUUUAGAUAUCAGAAGAAAGAGCGCCCUCAUGUCUGUAUUCGAAGCUAUGUCAAAUGCCAGCACAAAAGAUAUACACAACAAGCUCUUAGACAAACUUCAAGGUAGCAGUUACUGGAAAGAAGACGAGGGACUACGCAAAUGGUUUGGGAGUCGAUGGCUACCACAUUCCUCUAUGUGGGCCCAAGCACUCUUUCCUGAAUCAUCUUCACAACCAUCAGAUAAUACUCCCAGUGAUGAUAAUGAUGAUGAUGAUGAUAACGAUGCAGAAACCCUAAAAGAGCGUUGCCUUCAGUCAUUGCAAAGACUCACGAAUAUUGCCCAGCAAGAAACAAUAAGCCAGCAGGACCUUGCACACCUUGCGGCUUGCUUGGAAACUACAGAGGAGAAGUAUGCCAAUCUCCUUGAAGAGAACAGCCAGGAGAUAGCCAAGCAAGUAGAGGAGACACAGGAGCAGCAAUCACAGGUGAUUGUGGAGGGACAGGAGGAGCAACGGGUGUUGGAGGACUUUGAAGAAGGGAGUGUGAAGAGGAUGAGAGUUGAUGCAGAUUGUGUGAAGAUGAGCAACAUUGAGGUUGGUCCAGAGCCGAUCUUCUUGCAUAUGUUUGUUGAUGCAGCAGAGAUUGAGGUUCCUCAAGAAAUGGUCGUAAGUGAAGUCCAUCCCGAUAUCACUGAAACAACUGACGGCCAAUCUUGACAGGACUGUACCUUAUAUAUUCAUUUUUUAAAUGCUCUUUUGAACAAUUUGAUGAACAUGUCAUGUUUUACAACUCAGGGCAGAGGAUCUCUCACUUAUUUCCAACAAAAGGUGAUUUGUUUAAAUAAUGCAUCAAGUUUGUUGUCAACAUUAUCAAAUUGAGCAGCUGUCGCAUUUUGGAAUAUUUCAAGAAAUCAUCAUGCCUCCCCUUCUUUAAAAUUAUUUUUACUGGGCUUUUUCUGACCAGAUUUUUACAGGGGGGGGAACAAUUUGUCCCCCCCCCCUUCUUUAAGAUAUCUUUCAAUUGCAGGAUCACAACAAAAACUUACAUGCACAUGGAGCUGGAUGUAAUGUAUUAAAAGUUUUUUGGAAUUUGCCAAAAGGUAAUUAAUUUCUUUUGUAUUAAUUUCUUUUCUUUUUCUUUAAUUUCUGU